GCGCGCAAUUCAUAUUCUAUGUUUUAUUUUUACUUUUCGGCUUUUGUCUUUUUGAUUUUCGCCAUUGCAUUCUUUCCGGUUUUUUCGCCAUCGUGUUCUUACCGAUUUUUUCGCCAUCGUGUUCUUUCUUAUUUUUUUCUUUGUCGUACAGUUUUUUCAUCCGUUUUAAUCGUGUUAAAUUUUUUUUUUCAUUUCAACUUAUUGAAAACUGGAAAUGGGCCGUGCAGCAUAUAAAUGUUGUGUAAUUGGUUGUACGUCAAAAGGUGUGAGUUCUCACCGAUUCCCAAAUCCUAGAACAUUUUUUGAAAUGUUCCAAAAAUGGUUAACAACGUUAGGAUCAGAACGGUUUGAAAAUAUACAACAUCGUGUAAUUUAUGAAAAAUUUAGAAUAUGUUCAUUGCACUUUAGUAUUAAUGACUUUAGUCCUGGUACAAAGACAUUAAAGCACAAUGUAUUGCCACACUUAAUGAUGUUCAAACCAGUCCCAACUAAUGUAAAUAAUGUCAUUUCACCAAUUGUGAAUGUUGAACAGUCUGUCCUAACUCAAGAUCUAAAUCAACUUGAGUCAGCAUCCGCUAGUAAUGUUUCACCAAAUAUUGGAAAUGCUGUUUCAGUAUUCAAUGAUGACUUGAAUAUAUCUGGUAUAGGUAUAUUGAAUGAUUCGGAAAUACAACAUUUGAAUCAUACUUCCAGUCUAUAUUGUGCCAACAGUGAAUGUAAUUCUUCUGAGUUAAUCUCUGAUAUGCAUGAAAAUAGACCUUCCAUUGAUGCCAAUAUUGCAAGCAGUAACAGAAAAGCACCAAACUCUGGUAUAUUACAUAAAAUUGGAGUAACUCGAGCCAAUAAGCUAACACCAAAGUGUAAAUCGCUAUAUGCCAAUGCUAAACGACUACAGAAGCAAUUACAACGAGAGCAUAAAAAGUGUAGUACUUUCAAGCAAAGACUUGAAGCUGCUAGCAAUCACAUGAAUUGCCAAACAUCCCAACAAAUGACUACUGCAGCAAAAAUUUUUACCAGGCUACAACUUCGUGAAUCUAAAAUGAAACCUAAAGGACGACGUUUCACCCUUAAUGAAAAGUUGAUGUCUUUAUCGUUGUACAAACAAAGUCCUAAAUCAUAUAGGCUGUUGGCGAAGAUGUUUGUACUUCCAUGUAGAAAAACAUUGACAAAUAUGUUGACAUCAGUGCCCAUCAACACUGGUAUAGACCCAACAUUAAUUAAAGUACUAAAAGAAAAUGUCAAAAGUUUGAAACCUCAACACAGGUUUUGUAGUAUUUUAUUUGAUGAAGUAAGUCUUAGUGCCAGUUUGCAUUACAACAGUAACGAGGGGAUAAUUUAUGGUUUUGAAGAAAAUAACUCAGGUCGUACUCAACAAUUUGCUGAUCACAGUCUAGUAUUCAUGGUUAGAGGUAUUGUAAAAAAUUUUAAACAGCCUAUCUGUUAUACUUUUUGCAAAAGCACGACAAAUAAAAAUGAUUAG